AUGCAUCGACACGGUGUCGAGGCAGGUCGGCAACGACGAGGCGAGAGUGGAGACACAGAGACUGGAGAUACCCGCGACGAGGCCGCUGACAAGCCGCAACAAUAUGACGUCCCACUCUCGUACGUCAACCUCAACGAGGCUGAAGCCCCGCCGCCCGUCCAGAACCCGGAUGAGCUGUCUGUCGCCGGCUACCGCAGCCUCGAGGAGAACCGAGAGGAGGAUGCCCAGCUCGAGAGGGAUGCACAGAGUCAACGAAGGGCCGCCGACGCCUCAAGAAAAGGCCGCCGUCGCUAUGGCACUGCCGUCCCGCGACCGCUCGUCGAGCUCUACACCGUCGCCUACCUCGUCUUCUUCUCUCUCUGGGGUACACUCGCCCGCCUCGGCCUCGCGUCCCUGACGACCUACACCGGCGCGCCCGUCUCGAUUGGCAUCUUGUGGGCCAACUUUGCUGGCACGGCCGUGCUGGGCUUCCUGGCAGAGCUGGCGCCGCUGAUCAACCGGGACCAUCCUGCGGACGAGGAGGAACAGAGCGAGGCCGAUAAGGAGGACCAACGCGACAGUAACCGCGAUGUUACCAAUGCCGGCCCGGUCAAUGAGGUUAACGGCGCACCAAACAACGCCGCUGCCGUGUCAUCAGCACCUCCGGCACCACCAACUGCCGCCACCGCACCCGCUCCCAUCAAACGCUCCAAACCAAUCCCGCUCUACGUCGGCCUGGCCACCGGCUUCUGCGGCUCUUUUACCUCCUUCGCCUCCUUUGUGCUCGAGGUCUUUGAAGCAUUGGCCAACACCCUGCCUGCGCCACGGUACCAUCCGGGCGACAAUGACGAUUCUACACAAGUCGCCAGCCGCGGCGUCGGUUACGACAUUAUGGCCCCUCUCGCCGUUCUCUUUUUGACCGUCGGCAUGUGCUUGUCGGCACUCAAGCUCGGCGCACACCUCGCCAUUGCUGGCAAGCAUGUCGCUCGUCGAGUAGGUCCCAAGUCGUGGGCACGUACUCACACUACUGCACUCCUCCGCAUCGCCGACAACGCCGUCGUCUUCCUCGCAUUUGGCUGCUGGCUCGCCGCUGUGCUCCUAGCCGUCUUCCAGCCCGGCCCGGCCAAAGCCAACCACUGGCGCACCGAUGUGCUCUUCGCCCUCGUGUUUGCACCGCUUGGCUGCCUGCUGCGCUUCUACCUCAGUCUCAAGCUCAACGGCACCUUUGCCACCUUUCCCCUCGGCACCUUUACCGCCAACAUUUUCGGUACGGCUAUGCUGGCCAUGGCCUGGGACCUGCAGCACGCUUCUGCCGUCGCCGCCACCCGUCUCGUGGGCUGCCAGGUCUUGCAGGGCAUCAUGGACGGCUUCUGCGGCUGUCUCACGACGGUCAGCACCUGGAUGGCCGAGCUGUCGGGUCUCCGGCGGCGGCACGCCUAUGUCUAUGGCGGGGUCAGCCUGGCCACGGGUCUGGUGGUGGUGGUGCUCGUCAUCGGCACCCCCAAAUGGACCAUUGGCUGGCAGGAGCCGAUUUGUUGA